AUGGAUCACGGAGGAAUGGGCGGUAGCGGUGCUGCCUGUAAGGUCGACAUGUUGUGGAAUUGGAACACAAUCGAUGCGUGCUUCCUGGCCUCAUCAUGGCAAAUCAAGAACCAGGGCAUGAUGGCUGCUACCUGUAUUGGCGUUAUCCUCCUCGUUAUUCUCGUCGAGUUCUUCCGGCGUAUGGGCAAGGAAUACGAUGCCCUUCUUCAGCGUGGCUUCCAGCGGCAAGCCACCACUCACAGUGUCGCUCUCGCCGCCGCGGGUUGCACAGGAGCUGUCGUUCCCACAAGUCAAACACUUACAUAUCGAGCCUCACCUCUGCAGCAAUUCAUCCGCGCAUUCAUCCACGCUGCUACUUUUGCGGGAGCCUACAUCAUCAUGCUCUUGGCCAUGUACUUCAACGGCUAUGUUAUCAUUAGCAUCUUUAUUGGUGCUGGCCUCGGCAAGUUCUUUUGUGACUGGCUCGUUGUAAGGAUCAAUGUCGAAGAUUUGACAGCCCCUGAUGAUAAGGCCAAGGGGAUUGAGGAGACAACUGUUUGCUGCGGCUGA